AUGUAUGGAGGCUUUACGUUUGGUCAUGUCUAUGGCUUCAACAAGCCGAAGAAGGCGAAGAAGGCCGCAAAGCCCCCAAAGGAUAACUGGUUCGAGCGCCUCUCCAACGACGAGCUCAAGUCUUUGUGCAGAUCCGCAAAGCUGCCGGUGAGCGGCACCAAAGCCGAGCUCGUGGCCCGCCUUCUGGAGGACCAGAGCACGGCUCGCUUCGGCGUCGAGUCCAAAGCGAGUGUAUUCCGCCGCGACGGCGAGUAUAUUCCCGGGACCGAUGGCGAGACUCUGGAGAGCCUCAAGGACCAGUGCAAGAACGCCGGCCUCAGCUCCACGGGCUCCAAAUUCAAACUCGUGGAGCGUCUCGUGCAGCACGCGCACGGGACCGGCGCACCCAAGCGAGCCGCGAACGUGAUGCUCAACCCCGAUGGAUCCACGGCGUACGAUGAGAACGGCAAGGCGGUGGUGAAGAAGCGCAAGGUGGGCAAGCCAACCAAGCCCAACUUGGACAAGAUCAAAGAACGCAUGCGCGCUCAGAUCUUCGUCGACAAACGCAAAUGGAGCGACGCCAAGUACAAGGCGCACGCCUCGGUCGUGUGCGAGACGGGGGACAAGAUCAUCACCGCCGAGGUUGAAAAGAAAAUCUCGUUCUUAAAUGAACGCGACCCGAUCGCGUACAAAGUCUGCGUCGAGGUCAUUCGCGCCAUCGAUCAAUCCUGGGACGGGUACGAACUGACCGGCCAAGGUCGGUGCUCGUGGGAGCUCCGAUCGCUCCUCGAGUCGGUCGAGUUCUUCAUCGGAGAGGGCAAGCCCGCGGCAGGUAUGACCGAGGAGGAAAUCAAGCGCGACGAGUUCCAGAUCGAACGAGUCGCAGCGCAGAGAUGGUGCACGUCCCUCAGGGCGAAGUACAGAGAGUACGUCGGCGAGGAUCUUGAGAAGUCAUUUUACUUGUAA